AUGAAAUUAAGGGAUUACUGGAGGAAAAAGAAGCAAGAACAAAGGAGCCAUAUGACAGACGAAGACAGGAGGUCUAUGAAUGAAAAGAGGCGGGCAAAGUACAGAUCCAGGAGAAAGCUUUUUGAAGAAGCAAAAUCAAAUGAACCUUCAACCCCAGUUCAAAACAGAAGUGAGACUAUUACACAUAAAAUGGAGAGAGCUUUUUUUGGAUCACGACACGGUAAAUCACCUUGUGAUGCGUUAGGUGGCUUAAUUAAGAAAAAAGCGGAAACUCACACAUUCCUAUGGAAUCAGGACAAACUUCAUCCAGCAAUCAUUACAGCUGAUGGAAAAUGUUUACCACGCUCAGCAAGCUUGUUUGCCUAUGGAAAUGAAAAUCAGUAUAAAGAAAUGAGGGGAACGAAUUGUAAUGAACUAUCUAAGAAUGCAGAUAUGUAUUUAGAUGACAAUUUGAUGAAGAGGGGAAUGGAUAUGAGGGGAAAACAUUCAGUUGCAAAGACAUUUGCUUCCUACUUAAUUGUUAUACGGGAAAUCGGAAACCCCCAGGUUUUGGACAAAGUAAUUCCCAAGGUGUUGAAAAAGCGUGCGUCACCAGUUGACAGAUCCAGUAAAUCGCCAGGUUUUGAACAUGACGAGUCACCAGUUCACAAAUCCAUGGUAUCACCAGUUCUUCACACCAGUGAGUCACCAAGUAUUGAACAAACUGAGUCACCAGUUAUCAGACCUAGCAGGUCACCAGUUCUCGAGCACAGUCACCAGUACCCAAACACAGCAAAGAACGAGUUGUCAGAUCCAUUGGUACACAAGCUCCCGAACCCAGGGAAUCAUCUUGAAUACAAUCAGUCACCAGUGCUCGAACCAAGCGAGUCACUAAUUCUUGAACCAAGCAAGUCGAAGUCACCAGAUUUUGACCCCAGUGUGUUGCCAGUCACUGAACCCAUUGAGUGUCCAGUUCCCAAACCAAGCAAGUCAACAGAGCUUGAGCAAAGCCCAGAUCCAGGAUUGUGCAGACUCCAUCUGGUAUGCAGCCACUGCCAGAAGUUGGGGUUUGGGUGCAGUACCUUAAGAAAGUUCGUGCCUCCCUGUGGUCCAUCCAGGAAAAAGCAUUCUUUUUGGAAUUUCAUCACAUUUGUAGGCGUAUUGAGCCACCAUCAGUUAAAGUCAUGGGGACACGUGUAUAUUACGAUAUAAAAUUUAAAUAAAUGAAAAUCUCAUAUAAACAUACAUCUACUGAUGUAAACGAUCAAAACUGCUAAUAACGUGAAACAAAUCUUACAGCAAUUUGGUAGUUUGUUUUGUUCAUGUUCCAAUCGUUUCACUUUAUGUUUUUCAUAACUGACUAGUUACAUGGUUUGGUUAUGUUAUAUUGCUUGUCUGCAAAGACUGAAAUUGUCGAGACUGCAAUUUACAUUUUGACACAUGUUUAUGGAAUAAAAUCUUUAA